AUCCAAUCGAGUAGAAAGUAGUGUAGAGAUUUGUGAAUUUGAGUGGAAGAGCACGAGGGCAAUUUGUUUCUUCUUCUAAGGUUUUCCAUAAUCGGGUUGUUAAUGUAAUCACAAAAAAUAAUGUCUAGGGCCAAGUGAAUAAUCGGCUUCCAAAUGUAGUGAAAAAUCGUAGAGCGGAAAAAUAGGACUUGAGCCAACUGGAACACAGUUUUUUGCUUGAUACUCUCUAAAAACAUAAAUAAUAAUAACACCAAUUUCAUGGGGGUAAAUAAAAUUUCAUGUCCAAUGACAAGUUAAGGUUGCUUGUCGGGUUUAUGAGCGUUCUACUGCCAAUUAGAGUAAUAUUAUGAAUAAUAGACUACUCAAGUUGGGUCUAUUCAUAGUGGCGAAAAAUAUAUUUAAAUCACAUUGAAAUACAAAAGCGUUAAAUUCACUGCCUAUGUUAAACACCUUGAAAAUAUUUAUAAAUUCCUUGCACCUAGCUACAUCUAUAAUUAAAUAAGUUUAUCUUUAGUUCCUUAACUCCUGCCAGAAGCGUAUCUCUACUUUAGUCGAAAAUGAGAGGAGACCAGAUGUGGUGGGUGAAUCGUAGAGAAAUCAAGUCGUAGAAGUAGUCGUUUUCGUCGUUCGAAUCAUUUCGGCAUCCUCUAUCUUUCAUAUUCCGAAAACAAACAGAUCAUAAAACAGGUCAUAAAGUGCUACGACAACUGUUGACAUUGCCGCGGUGAAUAUAGAUAGAUUCGACUGUUAUGUGGCCUAAAACAGUAAUGUCAGGGCUUGAUAAACCAACAAAGUAGCGGUGCACAUUGACACAAUUUAUUUAAUCUCCACAUAAGGUUUUGAUUCUAGUACCAAUAGUAGGUAUUGCGAGAUGUUUCUUUUGUAUUCUUACGGUAUCAUUACGGAAUUAUAGUCGUUCGCUACAAGUUGUUAUAACUAAAGGUAAAUGCAGGCGAUUCUAUUGAUUUUCUUAUUAAAAUUCAAUAGAAUUUCCUGUCGAAAUUGUUGCUGUUUUUCUGUUAAAUUUCUAUUUUCACCGGGUCUUUUAUUACUGGUCCUUGAGACUGAAGGGCUUGAAGCGUGCCAACUUCCAGCUCUCGUGUGAAUUUGAGAACAUGAUAGCAUAUUUAUUUCAAGACACUAUAAAAAUCUCAAAUACAUUGAACAUAGAUUUUCUGAAUUUACCUCUCUGCACUUGCUAAAAUGUCAAUACACUGUUAGAUUUUGUUUGAAAAUUAAUAUUUUUAUGAAAUUUGCAUUCAAUUGAAAGUAGUCUGAAAUUGCCCAAAGUUCAAUUUUCAUUGCCAUAUGAAGGCGAAAAAUACAACUCUCAGAUGAAUCAAGUUUCCACAAUGAAAAUACAUACAAGUGAAAAGUGAAAAGUGUAAAAAAUAGUAAAAUUGUCGUCGAAUAAUUUUCUCACAGUGUAAUUUUCCCCCCACCAAUCUCGUCAUGUCCCUCGAGAUUUCAGCGAUUUUUCCCCUAGCCAUAUUAAGCCAAUUCCACCCCCAACAAAUAUCCCACCUGAAUCGCGUGUCGCGCUGGUCAGACAUAAGAGUAACCGCAGCAGUGCGGGGGUGUCACUCGCCCAGAGCUGGCGCUUUUCCGUAGGGCGCACUAACUCUAACAAAUUGUGUUCCCUCGAUCUAAAAUUUUCCGCCGAUAAGAAACUGUUUCACGACUCUCGAUGAUUGCUGAUGUUGAAAAAUUACACCAUCAGAAAGAAGAUUGAGUGUUUUUUAAGCGCAGCCUUGUCAUUGACUCGGUAACCGCGUGAAUUAUUGAUGAGUCGUAUCGAACGCGCAUUUGUCGUUUCAUCGAAUUUCCCUCAUCAUCGAUAAAAAUUUUCCACCCACAUGACCUUGUCCUUGACACGUGGUUGUAGCCUCGACUUACCUGCGUAUUACAAUAAGUAACCUUUUCAAAGUAUAAAAAUAAAUAGCCUAAAAAUAAAUAGGAAGUUGUUAAAUGAGAAAAUCGGUGGAAUUAUCGUGAGGUAGAUAUUUUUUUCAUCAAACCCUUCAUCCCCUUGGCUUUUAUUCUUGUGCUUAUAACAAAUUCCUAUUGUAGUCCACUCAACAGUGGUUACAAAGAUAUGAAUCUCGUGACGAAGGCAAUUCACGAUCACAAGAUCAAUCGUGAGUGGAUUUAUAUUGCUAUUAAUGUAGCCCCCUGUUUUAGUCGUCCGCAAAUUUUACUCUAGACUAAAUUCCAAGGUUGCUUAAAAGUUGGCACGCUCGACCUUGUGUUUUUUUUUUUCACAAAAAGAACCAAAAAAAACAAAUGCAUCAUUCUGUUUUUCAAUGUGAGCAAAAGGAAAAAUUGCAAUGAAAGGGCUUUUUACUUAUUUGUCUUUGUGACCGUCUCGUUGUUAUCGUUAAAAAGUGACAUGUUGAAGAAAAUUACUCGUAGGAGAUGAUAGACAAUGCCAUAGUGUAAUAUAUGAGAAUAAGAAAGCGUUGACACGAAUCACGCAUAAAUCAUGUGUUCGUCCAGUGUGCUGAAUGUUUUUAUCAAAUUAUUACACAAAAACUGCCUAAAAAAUUACAUAAAUAUGGAUCUAUAAUUUGACGAAUAUGAAUCCAUCACACAUCUAGCAUUUCAUUAGUUUUCAAUUGUUCAAGUUGUUUUCGUAAAAAAAAAAAGAAAAAAAAAACAAAUAGAAUCAUGAAUCUUAUGUUCCGUAAAAACUUUGGGGCGGAAAAACCGAGUUCAGGUGAAACACGGACAGGCAUCUGUGGCUCUUACGUAUCUAGUGGUGUCACUAGUGGAACAGGUGCUGUUGUUACGGGUCCGGGCUCAGCACGUUUAGGUUUACGUCCAAGUCUUCCUGGGGUUGGCGGCCGUGGCCCCAUAAGACGUAGCCGUGAAUUUGGUUAUUAUCCGAUGGAAGAGCAUCCGACGACCCAUGCGUACCGCACUCAUCUCUUCCUAUCACCACCUGCAGGUGUUGCUGUUGAGGAGAAUAAUGAGAGGAUUGGACCUGUACCGAGGAGAAAUUCUGGACCACAUGUCAUCAAGUGGGGUGGCACCAAUGCUAAUGCUGCUAAUUUGGCUAAUAAUAAUAUUAAACGUAAGAAUGGAAAUCAAAAAGAACCCUCCGAACCAGCAACUCCAACCACCGCAUCCAGACAGGUGUCAUUCAGUGGGAAUAGAACAGCAGGAAUCUACACGCCACUCGUUGUAUCAGGAAGCAGUCCACCUCGGGGUGAGCCAAUAUCCCUCGCGACCCUGGAUCGUGAUUGUUUUAUCAUUCCCCUCGCCUCCCUCGAGCGUUUCCUUCCAGCUGGUGUGCCGCAUGCGCCAAUUGCGGAUAAGAAACGCGCAGGCAGUCCUCUCUCUGUGCUAGAGGUGGAGGACCCUAAACAAUGUGUAUUGGCACAUUUUAUGACACCACUCGAGCCUCUGGAUCCAAUUGUCGAGUCACCACUGGCUAGGCCAUUGGUUCUGCAGAGAGAUACAGCUGCUGAAUUGAUUGCCGAAAUUGCACCCUCGGCUUCGCAGAGUAUAUUGUUGACGAAUAUGGAGAGGAAUGCGGAAUUUCCAUUUAUAACUUAUUACUUGAUAAACAAGCACAGUACGGAUCCAGCGGACUUCUACCAAGAAGUUCAGUGUGCAGCAUUGAGGAAGUUUGAUCCCCGUGACCUGCGCUAUGCAGCCAGCCACACACUAGACCUUUUCAAUGAGGUGGCGACGAUAGCACGGCCACCCCUCGAGCCACCCGGUGGUAGGCCACCAAUUCCGUCCACCGGUUACAUCGUAUCAAUUUUCAAAGUCUUCGAGGGAGACGAUGGCCUCAAGUUCGAACAGAAUUGGCUGUAUUGGACAGGGGCUCGAAUGAUCUAUCGCUACCUCCCGAAAUCCGUCGGUCUGAAACGCAUAACUCUGCACAAAUCCAUGUCCCAAGGGGAUAAAAUGUAUCUUCUCAUUUGCGAGUGUUCACAGCUGCAGGAUAAUCUAUCCGCUGCGGCGAUUCUAUUGCCAGCACUCCGUGCACGACUCUGUGGAUACACCGGGCUCUACCGACCAUCAGUAUGCUUUUGACUUUUCGACCAACUAUUCGAUUAAUUCUCGUGGAGUUGAUUGAUUGAUUGAUUGAAUCGAUGAGUUGACGAGAUGAUAAAACAAACAUAUUUUUAAAAUCUCUUUCGCUAUAUAGCGCUGUUUUAUAUUUGUACUCGAGAUGAAAAAAUUGUCCAUGACAAUUAUGCAAUGAAAACGUCGCGUUUUAACGUAAAUUUUUAAUAAAUGCUAUUUAAUAGGAGUAACAUAUCAUGUGUUUGAUGAGCUGUGAUACAAUCGAAAAUUCAUGGAUAUCACGCGGAGGAAAAAAUAUUCUUUAAGGACAUGUUCGUUUUUUUUUUUUCCAAGAAAUCAUCGAUUAGAAUAAUUAAUCUGCCGUUGAACGAUCGAAUGUAGAAAUUGCGCACAUAGAAUGAUUCUUCUGCCCGUUUGAAAGCUUAUGUUCAGAGGAGUAAUGAGUGCUAUUCGUAGAUUCGAUGCCGAAAAGUGAAAUUUCAAUACUUUCGUGACCAGUGAUGGGCAAAUUCCGAUUCACUAAAUGCUAAAUACUAAAGAAUGUUUAUCCAUUUUCCGAAAAUACAAAAUUUUCCAUGUUCCUGAAAGGUAACAUUUUUGAUAAUUAAGGACAAUUCGUUGCUGUAGCUUUGACAAAAUGAAAAUUCCAAAAUGGAGGACUCUAAACAUUAAGAGAAAAUAUGCUAAAUUCAAUGGCCAAGGGAAAACCCGACGUAGCCGGGCAAAUAAUCGAGAUAUGUGAUAUUUAAACUCAUGUCCCAACUCAUGUUCAUAUUGUCUUUGUCUUGUCCAUCUUAUUGCUGUAUUAUCAAUUCGGAUUGGAGGAUUGAAAUUUCUAUAAAUAUGAAGGAGAUCACUCUGUUUAUCAGUUGAGAAGAAAUGAAAUUUUUUUUUUUCCACUUACUUACGAUUUUGGAUCAAUAUCCCUUACGUACACAACUAAUCAAUACCUACGAAAUGAUUAAGUACAAAGUCGAUAUGUACUUAGGAAUUAAUCCAUCUUGGAUUAGCUAUAUGCAAUGAGGGCUAAGACUAAGACUAUAUAAAUUAUAGUACUAAGUAAUAUAUAAAAGAGAAUGUUCCAGGAAUUUAGGGAGAUUUUUCCACUUUUCUGGAAAUUACCGGUUUUCCUAGAAAAUUCUUGAAAAUUCUCAUACCGCUUUUCCGGUAUAGUCCUCGCUUAUUAAUUUUAUUAUAUAUUAUCUCUACUUGUUACUUGAUGAAGGAUUGAUUAAUUCCUAAGAACAGGCAUACUAAAGUACUAAUGUACUUAAUAGUGUCCAUCACUGUUCAUGGUUAUUUAGGAGAAUUUUAUCAGUGAUUUGUAGGGUAUACGAUAGGUAAGAAUUCUAAAAUCAGAGGUAUAAAUUAAAUUUAUCGACAAGUUAUUGUAGAAUAAUUUGACAUUUUUAGUACAAAACCAAGGAGAAACAAGAGUUUUAAAUAAUUAAGAUUUAAUUAAGCUUGUUGCAAUAAGACAAUAGAUGAUUGCGCCGGCGCAAUAUCUUCUCUCAAAUAACUAAAAACAAAAUUGGAGAUAUAUGAAAAUUUUUAUCGCUCAUAUAAUAACGAAAGAAUAGGAAGGGGAAAGCUGCACAGACAAAUGAUGAAAUUAUGACAUUGCAUUGUAUACACAUUGACAUUGACCAUUGAACAAGAGCCCUGAAAGAAACUUAUAAUCUCAAGAGCCUUGGAAAUUUUUCUGUGAUUCAAAAGUGGUGUAUCAACUUGAUUUGAUACCCACGGUAUUAUAUAAUAAAUGAUUAAAAUAAAAUAUUCAACAGACAAACUGUGAUUGUACGUUCGUAACAUAUACAUUUGUGAAACAAACGCAUUGUCAUUGAUAAAUUGAUUUUGAGUUUAUUUUGUCGAUUGAGAGAUGUUCAGAAAUGAAGAUGUAUGAUUCAUCGAUAAAUAUCAAAAUUUUCUCUUUAAAUUCUAUGGCUUUUAUGGAGAAUUCAAUGAGUGUAAUAUAAAUAAAGAGGAUGAUGCAAUAAAAUUCACAUUUUACCAUG